GACAUCCAGUCUAGUCGCCAAUCCAACAUGGCACCGCGUUUUCUCCUCAGACGCCUCUUCUUUACCACUACUUUUUCAUUUCCCCCAAUUCUCUCUCACUAAAUUUCCCCAAUAAUACACACACAGAAGCGCGAAUUUCGUAAACCCUUCAACCUUAAUCCAACGAACUACAAAACCAUGUAAUAGAAUUCCAACUGGGGAAAAAGAGGUAUGAAUUUUCUGAUGUAACAAUAUUUUUUUACUUAAAAUAAGCUUGGAAUUCUUGUUUCAAUUCAUGGAUUUGACUCUCAAUCAUCACAAUGCAUCGCAUACCAAAAAUCUUCAUACGUAGUUCUGAGCGUCGCAAAACCCGCUCGAAAUCUCGCUCCAGUUCUAGCUCAAGUUCCACUCCAAGCCGCUUAGCUGCGAAGCCGAUUCCGAGACUCGAGCGGCUUAACGCUGUGAAAAACAUUGACUAUGAAUACAUUCCGUCAACUCCCUGGACUUCAGAAUUAUCGGCAUCGUGUUCGUCUGAGGAAUCUUUACGAGGGCGGUCGCGGGAUUUCUACGGCGGCCAAACGAGCUUACGAAUCGAAGGGAUUGAUGGGCAGUUCGAAUUUAUCUGUGAAACGCUGGGAUUUUCUGGAAUUGAGGAUUUUGGGAUACCUCUUGCAGAAUACGAGGCUAUGAAGGUCAGAUCCUCUGAUGCUCCUUGUCUAAUUGGUCAGAAAAUUGAGGAUAGUAAUGGUAGUGUUCUUGAAAUUUCCGGCGGUGGUGGUACUUUGAAUUUAAGGAAUAAGAAAACCGAGGACAGUAUUAGUAAUGUAAUUGAUAUUUCAGUUCCCAGUUGUAAUAAGGUUGUUGAGGUAAUUAAUCACAAAAUCGAGUGUAAUGAUUUCGAGGAUUUAAGAUUUUCGAAUAGCAGUAAUGGUAGUAAUCUUAGUAUUAUUAGCAGAGGUGAUGAUGAUGGUCUAUGUGAACUAUCAAAGAGGCUAGAGAAUAGUGCAAGAAUAAGUAAUCUAGUUUACAGCAAUAAUGCAAGUGUUAAUUUGGGGGAAAUAUGUAGAAAUGGUAUUAAGGGUGUGCGGCCACCAGUUCUGGCACCGCCGCCUUCAAUAUCAUUGCCCGUGAUCGAUAAUGAGUGCUCAACUUGGGAUAUUUUGAAAUCAUUAGCACCAGACAGUGAUAAAAGCUUUUUGAGGUUUGAAAGAAGGUUUUGUUCAGAGGAUGACGAGCAAGAGACUGAAGUAGCUGGUGGGAUGAGGGAUGACGAUGAGGAAAAAUUUAUGAGGAAGAGAAAGAUAAUGAUGAGAGAGGAUAUUGGUGUGAUAUCUGGGUCAUGUUCAUUUACCACAACUUCAAAUGAUGAUGAUUCAUCGAGUACGACUACCGAGCCUGCAUCCUAUGUUUCACCCAAUGAGAAGUUUAGCCGCAUUAUUGUGGACUGGCAGAAAGGGGAUCUGUUGGGUCGUGGAUCAUUUGGGUCUGUUUAUGAAGGAAUUACCGGCGAUGGAUUCUUUUUUGCUGUGAAGGAAGUAUCUUUGCUUGACCAAGGGGAUGAAGGAAAACAAAGGAUCAUCCAACUUGAACAGGAAAUUGCUCUUCUAAGUCAGUUUGAACAUGAGAAUAUUGUCCAGUAUUACGGCACGGAGAAGAUGCUUGGAUUUUUAUUCGCAGAGAUGGUUGAAUCACAUCUUUACAUCUUCCUUGAGCUGGUUACUAAAGGAUCCCUUCUGAGCCUUUACCAGAAGUAUAACCUCCGAGAUUCGCAGGUCUCUGCAUAUACUAGACAGAUUUUACAUGGCUUGAAGUAUUUGCAUGACAAAAAUGUGGUCCACAGAGAUAUUAAGUGUGCAAAUAUAUUGGUGGAUGCAAAUGGCUUGGUGAAACUUGCAGAUUUUGGCCUUGCGAAGGCCACAAAGUUGAAUGAUGUGAAGUCUUGCAAGGGGACUCCUUUCUGGAUGGCUCCUGAGGUGGUUAAGAGCCUGGGAUAUGGGCUAGCAGCAGAUAUAUGGAGCCUUGGGUGCACUGUCUUGGAGAUGCUAACCCGAUGUUUUCCAUACUCCAUUAUGGAACCUAUGCAGGCGCUAUAUAGGAUAGGAAGGGGUGAGUUACCACCGAUUCCCAUUUCUCUUUCCAGCGAUGCCCGUGAUUUUAUCCUUAAAUGUCUACAAGUUGAUGCAAGUGCACGUCCGACAGCAUCUCUGCUCUUGGAUCAUCCCUUUGUGAAGCGACCACUGCCAGCAUCUUUGGGCUCGGCUUCUCCUUACAAUUUUGGCCAGCGGAUUUAAGAAAUUCUUUUGAGAUUAAUUCUUUUUCCUUCCAUGGGCACAAAAAAUGAAAAGAGCGAAGGAGGAAAAAAGGAAAAACUAAGUGACCCCAAAAAAAUACGGCUAGAUGUUCCCCAGACGAGUAAUGCCAUCUACCAUCAGUCAUCAUCAUCAUCAGUCUAGGUGGCAGUUUGGCAAUUGGACAACGAAUCAAGGGCCCGCUAUCACUUAGACUAUUGAUGAUCAUUACUGAUGAUAUAUAGCAUUAUUCUCCCCAGAUAGAGCACUUCAUGCACUCCGCUUGGUGACGAAUGCUCUUCCACCGGAUUCUUUCCUUCCGAGUUCGACUCUCAUCCUCUUAUUGGACUAUCGACUAUCUGUCAGUUUCCAGAUUCUUAUUGUGCAUACAGGAGAUGUUCAAAACUUUCUUGACUAUCUCGGGGAAGGCUCAUUUUAAAUUUUUUAUUUGCUGCUUGUGGAAGAAAUUUUUCCUUCCCAAACAGUUACCAUGCAAUUAUUUUCUUGUUUGCUAGGGUGCUGUUUAGUUGUUCAACUUCUUUCCUACGGUUCUGUAUUUAGCAAUCAUCAAAUAUAAAUGUAUAUAGUCAAUCGUCUACUUUGGGAUUUGGGAUCUUAUUAAACGAACAUGAUGAUAUAUCUUUUUUUCA